CAAAUACUAUAAUUUUAAAUUAAUUUUUAAUUUUUAGUUUUUUCAAAAUUUUUACCCCUUAUUACAAGCCAAUUUGAUCAUUUAGAAAAUGAACCCUUUUUCCAAAUUUAGUUUGGAUUAAUUUUUAGUUGUUGCUUACUAAAACUAAUUGAAACCAUACAGGUUGCCAGUCGUUGCCUUCAGCAAAGCUCUCUUUUUUCUUCAAAACAAAAACACCAGCCAUGGAGAAUGGAGAAAUCCCAGAAAACGCCAAUGAACAUUGCCCCGGUCCUGAUUCAGAGUCAGCGGGCAAAUCCGACGCCUGCCAAGGUUGCCCCAAUCAACAAGUUUGUGCCACUGCCCCUAAGGGCCCUGACCCUGACUUGGUAGCAAUUGCAGAAAGGAUGGCUACUGUUAAGCAUAAGAUACUGGUUUUAUCAGGGAAGGGAGGAGUUGGCAAAAGCACUUUCUCCACCCAGCUCUCAUUUGCACUAGCCGCUAAGGACUUACAGGUCGGUCUUCUGGACAUUGAUAUAUGUGGUCCAAGCAUUCCAAAGAUGCUUGGUCUAGAAGGUCAAGACAUUCACCAGAGCAACCUUGGCUGGUCUCCUGUCUAUGUUGAAUCUAACCUUGGGGUCAUGUCAAUUGGUUUCAUGCUCCCCAACCCUGAUGAAGCUGUCAUUUGGAGAGGACCACGUAAAAAUGGGCUCAUCAAGCAAUUCCUUAAGGAUGUAUAUUGGGGAGAUUUUGAUUUUCUGGUUGUUGAUGCCCCACCUGGGACCUCUGAUGAGCACAUCUCAAUUGUCCAAUUCCUUCAGAAUACUGGAAUAGAUGGAGCAAUAAUCGUCACUACCCCACAGCAGGUCUCUUUGAUCGAUGUGCGAAAAGAAGUCAGUUUCUGCAAAAAGGUUGGAUUACCAGUUCUUGGGGUUGUUGAGAAUAUGAGUGGCUUGUGUCAGCUGUUGACGGAUUUCAGGUUUUUGAGGAUGACAGAGAAUGGUGAACACACAGACGUCACAGAGAAGGUUAUAGAGUACAUGAGGGAGAAAGCACCAGAAAUGCUAGAUCUCGUUGCCGUCAGUGAAGUCUUUGAUAGCAGUGCUGGUGGUGCAGAAAAGAUGUGUAGGGAGAUGGGAGUACCCUUCCUCGGAAAGGUUCCGUUAGAUCCACAGCUUUGCAAGGCAGCUGAGGAAGGGAAAUCUUGCUUCGCGGAUCAGAAAUGUGGGGUGAGUGCUCCUGCAUUGAAGAUCAUUAUUGAGAAACUAAUGACAAAUUGUUGGCCUGAAGAAAUGUCUGUGGAACAUAGCUUAGAGUGAAUUAAUGUUGAACUUUAUUUGUUGAUCUUCGUGGAAUAGAAGUUUGCUUGCACGUUGAUAAUCUGAACUCUGAAGCUUUAUUACUUCAAAUAGCAUUCGAAUUUGGGAGAAACAUCCCAAGCAAAUCAACUACAAAUUCCAAAAUCAAGGGAGAAAGAAGAUCCUCCAGAUUUUUACAAAAUCUAAUAAACACCCCUUUUUUCAAUCUAUCUGAACAUAAAAACAAGGGGAGAAAAUACGUACCAAAGCAAUCAAAAGAGUAGGAAGUAGAAAGGGAGGAUCCCUCCUUUCAAAUCUGAAGAAUCUGAAACUCUCUGGUUCCUGGAUUGUAAACAAAGACAUUGGUUUUCCCAAAGAAGCAAAGAAUUCCAUCACAAAGAAUUCGACAUGUAAUAAACAUGAGGUGGAAGAUGAUAGAUAUCCAAAGAACUUGGUUGAAAACCUUUCCUGGCCUCCUUCAUCAACUUGUUUGAGUCUUGACAAAGACUUGGCAGGAAGGGUUGCGAAGAUUGAAAGGAGAUCUUUAGGCCAAUUAUCCUUAUUGU